CCAAAGUAAAGCGAAAGUACAAAGUGAAACUAGAAACAAUGUGGAGAUCGACGUCGAGAUGACGCUUAUAUAGAAGUAGAAGACAGUUGAAGUCAAACAUGCAUUAAUAUUUUAUCUGAAGACAAAAAAUGUAACCAAAGAAGAUCUUGACAAUGUUUGUGUUGGUAGAAAUGAAAGAUACCGUGAGGAUCCCACCAUGGCUGUUCAAUAUCAAAUUCAAUGAUGCAGUAAAUGAGGCUCUGAACAAAAAAUUUGCUAAUAAGGUAGUACAUAAUGUUGGACUAUGCAUUGCAUUGUGGGAUAUCACCAAAAUUGAGGACAGUUUUAUAUUCCCAGGAGAUGGAGCCUCACACUCAAUAGUUCAUUUCAGAUAUAUAGUGUACCGACCAUUUAUUGAUGAAGUGUUGACUGGUAAAACUAAAAGUUGUAGUAAAGAAGGAGUUUAUGUUUCUAUGGGUUUCUUUGAUGACAUAUUAAUACCUGCUGAUGCCAUGCAGCACCCUUCAAGAUUCGAUGAUAAAGAACAACUUUGGGCAUGGAGUUAUGAAGUUGAAGAAGAAAAACAUGAUCUUUUUAUGGAUAUUGGUGAAGAAAUUAGAUUCCGAGUUGUUGACGAAACUUUUGUAGAUACUACACCUACAGGACCAGAUGGUACCAGUGUUGACACCAGUGAAAAUCCUGAUCCGGAAUCAAAGAAAUCCCCAUACACAAUUGUAGGAUCUAUAUCAGAACCUGGCCUUGGAUUACUAUCAUGGUGGAACAGCUAACAGUAAAUUUACAUGUCUCCUCAUCAUUCACGGACAUCAUUCAAUGUGAAGAAAUUAUUUCAUGUUCAAUGAAUAUAAGAUUGAAAGGGAUACUACAUGUUUAUAAUUUUGAAUAUUUAUCAUAUCAUACUCAUACCUGAUGUCAAGAUAUUCACCCAAAUUCAUGGUUUCAUGCAAUAUUUAAAAAAAAAUUGACCAUAAUAUGAUGACUUAUUUUUUUUUUUAUAAGCAUUUUAAAUGUUGAUAUAUAAGCUUAGAUUGGUUUAUAAACUGAUCCUUGAUCUACUGUUAUAAAACCAUCAUUAGUAAUAUCCUUUUAUAUGAUUCAAAGAAGAAAACUGAUGUAAAAAUUAGCUUUAUAGAGCUUUCCCAUAAAAAUUAUGUAACUAUCUGAAAUUUUCCUGUCUAAUUAGACCGUUGGUUUUCCCGUUUGAAUGGUUUUACGCUAGUUAUUUUGGGGCCCUUUAUAGCUUGUUGUUUAGUGUGAGUCAAGGCUCCAUGUUGAAGGCCCUGCAUUGACCCAUAAUAGUUUACUUUCUUAAGUUGUUAUUUGGAUGGAGAGUUGUCUCAUUGGCACUCACACCACAUCUUCCUAUAUCUAUAUAAUGUGUCUUUUUUUAUUUGAGUUAAUGUUAUAUCUCACAAAAGAUGAUAAACAAUUGUUUUUACUAUUGACUUGUCUAAAAUUGUCUAACAGAUUUAUAUGAAUGCUUGUGAUGUUUUGUCAGAUAUUAACACAUUUUUAAGUUAUCACCAAUCAAUAAAUUUAGUUUCGAAAUGAUAAAUAUUCAAAAUAAUGUUUACAGAGAGAAGCUUCAGGUAAAUACAUAAAGCUCAUAAUUAUCAUUUAUUAUUUGAUCUAUAUCUCCUUUAUAUGUGAAAGUGAGCUACCUUGAUUAGCAUAAAUGCAAAAGCUAUGUCGCUACAUGCUAAAAUAAAAAUGGACAUUAACGCUUCCUUGUUUGUCAGGUCCAAGUUCCAUACAGUUUCCAAUGAAAUUUCAUUGUUCUUGUGAUCACCAUCAAAAAGGAAUAAAUACAUAUUCUAUUCUGGUAGCAUCCUAAAUGCAGUAUAUUUUUUUUCCCUUAUUGUUUUAAAGAUUGACUGAAUAAUAAUGCCCCAUUUAUGAGCAUUAUGUUUUCUGGUCUGUGCGUCUGUACAUUCGUCCAGCUUCAGGUUAAAGGUUUUGGUUCAAGGUAGUUUUUGAUGAAGUUGAAGUCCAAUCAACUUAAAACUUAGUACACAUGUUCCCUAUGAUAUGAUUGUUUUAUUUUAAUGCCAAGUUAGAACAUAGAAAAUGAUAGUGUGCAGAUGGGGCAUCUGUGUAGUAGGGACACAUUCUUGUUUUAAUAUUGUAACCAUAAAUCUUCGAUAUGGCAGUCAAAUCCAAGCUUAAAAAAAACAUUUAUAAAGUGGUGUCAUUAUUACUUUAAUUUUGACUAUUUUGACAUAUUGUUUCAUGUAUUGGUAAUCUAUU